CCCACCAAGGUCCUGGGCAUUUACACCUUCACCAAGCGGGUGGCCCUGGAGGAGUUUGAGAACAAGCCUCGGAAGCAGCAGGGCUACAGCACGGUCUCCCACUUCAACAUCGUCCACUACGACUGUCACCUGGCGGCGGUCAGGUUGGCGCGAGGCCGCGAGGAGUGGGAGAGCGCCGCCCUGCAGAACGCCAACACCAAAUGCAACGGCCUCCUGCCAGUCUGGGGGCCUCACGUCCCGGAAUCUGCCUUUGCCACCUGCUUGGCAAGGCACAACACUUACCUCCAGGAAUGUACGGGGCAGCGGGAGCCCACCUACCAGCUCAACGUGCACGACACCAAGCUGCUUUUCCUGCGGUUUGCCACGGAGCAGUCGUUCAGCGUGGACACGGGCGGUGGUGGGCGGGAGAGCAACGUCCACCUGAUCCCCUACAUCAUUCACACAGUGCUUUACGUCCUCAACAC